CGGGUUAUCAUGAGUAGGCCUAGCGAGACGACAAAGGAACGUAGCAGCAGCAGCAUCUGCGGCGGAAUUGUCUUCUCAAGCACUGGGGGCCACUCGCCUACACCUAGGAGGCAGCAAAACGAACCUUCGGAGCAGAAGGCCACUGCUUCAAGCACACCUGCUAAACCUCCAACUCGAUCGCCGUACAUACCGCGGCAUGCUAAAGACUCGUUCCUAAAGACCGCUACACCUCGACAGAUGAAGAAGGCCAACGAAAUCCUAUAGACCUCGUCUCGGGCUGGUUAUAUCACAUUACCUUACCCAUCCAUUUAUCCAUUCAUUCAUUCCUUCUUCCCUUACAUACCGACUCCCAACUCCACCGCGCCAUGCCGAACCAUCACCUCAACUGUUAUUUCCCCUCUUCGGACCCCGAUCCCGUCGGCGCCAUGGGUGUGGCGGUUCAUCGGCGGGGCACAAGCCGAAGCGCGAGCCACGAGACUCAUCGCUCUGGUACGGCCGAGCACAUACAUACAUACCAUGCACGUACGUAAAAAGACACGCGCUGGGGCGGCAUACAUAUCUCAUCUUGAUCUGAGA